AUGGAUUUGUCAGAAAAGAAUGUUGUGUCGAUACCUCCUGUGGCCAAGCAUGCCUGGCGAACAACCUGCCCUAGUGAUACAACGCUGGCAGACAUCGAGCAUACUAUAGACAAGAGCGUUCCUAACUUAGAUGAACAUCAAUGUCCACAGACUGGUGAUUCAUUUGAUGUGGAAGCCCAAGUCAACCGGAAGAAGAGAUUUGCCUUAGUCCGGUAUGCCAUCCUGGAUAUAUACCGUCGUCUUUUCACCCUGGUCUUCUGUGCCAACGUUGCCGCCUUCGUGGCCAUCCUGACAUCGGACGAGAAGCUCCUGGCAUUGGUGAACGCAACCGCCGCCAACCUUUUAGUGUGUGGUUUGGCUCGUCAGCCUCUGGUGGUGAAUAGCAUCUUCUUCCUUGUGUGCUUGAUCCCCCGGACCGCUCCCAUGUUCCUUCGUCGUACUGCAGCGAAGGUAUAUCAUUAUGGUGGCGUCCAUAGCGGAUGCGGCGUCGCCUCUUUUAUUUGGUACGCAGGCUUCGUCGGAUUGAUGUCCAAGGAAUACUGGGCUCCAUCGACGGCCACGACCUCGAUCUCAGUUGCACCUGUAGCCCUGGCAUAUGUCAUCCUGGUCUUGUUGUUGGCAAUAAUCAUCGUGGCCUAUCCCGGCUUCCGCUUCAAAAAGCACGACUACUUCGAGCUCACCCAUCGUUUCUCUGGAUGGCUCAUAGUGGCCCUUUUUAUUAUCCUGCUGCUGGUCUUUGCCGAGGAGACCAGCCGGGCUGCACAGAUCCCGCUGGGUCAAUUCUUGAUUCAGCUCCCUGUCUUCUGGUUUUUGAUGGUCACUGUCGUUGCCAUCAUCCACCCGUGGGUGUUCCUCCGGAAAGUCCCUGUGCGGCCUGAGUAUCUGUCCCCUCACGCCAUCCGGCUUCAUUUUAGCCAUACCACCACGACCUUCGGUAAGGGCAUCCAAUUGGCCAAACACCCCCUUCAGGACUGGCAUGGCUUUGCCACGUUCCCAAAUCCCGACGGUCAGGGCUUCUCCUGCUUGGUCUCUAAAGCUGGCGACUGGACCUCGGCCUGCAUCAAAGAUCAGCCCACCUAUCUCUGGAAGCGCGGGGUGCUGGUCUUCGGAUUUGCGUACGCGAUGCGGCUGUUCAAGCGAAUCGUCGUGGUCACAACGGGGUCUGGUAUCGGGCCGUGCCUUUCAUUCUUGGGGGAUGACAACCGACCGGAACUCCGAGUCGUGUGGCAGACCCGAGCCCCGUUGAAAACGUACGGGCCGGAUGUCCUCAACCUGGUCUCCAGAAUGGAUGCCAACCCGGUGGUGAUCGAUACAGAUCAGUCAGGGCGGGUGGACAUGAUACCGCUCAUUCGACGGCUGGUCCAGGAAUUCGAAGCAGAAGCAGUUUGCGUGAUCAGUAACCCAGUGGUGACAAAAAAGGUGGUCUAUGAAUUAGAAUCAAGCAGAGUACCGGCGUUCGGGCCUAUAUUUGAUUCAUGA